AAAAAAACGAUGUGUUUGUUGUUAUGUCCGCAGUGUGGACCGAGGUCGUUUGUGUUUGGGUUUAAGUUAGUGUGACUGCGCCGUACCGGGUAUCUUUGAGCCCACAGUAGAAACAAUGCGGUGGUACAUCGCAGCGGCUGUUCUGUGGGCCGCCACAGUUACAGAGGGAAAAGCCGUCCCUUCCCCUCCACAUUUUGGGAACAGCUACCAUGUCAAAGGAGUGAUCUCUCUGCCCUACGCUGAGAUCAAGGAGCCAUUUGAGGCCUGGUUGGACCUAGCGGCAAAGUCCAGCCGGAUAGACUACUACCAUGGCCAGGUGUCGACCUACCAGUUGGGGGCAGAGACGCCGCUGGGCGUCGCCUAUAAAAUCACUCCCGAGACCACGGAAACCGCGCUGAAUGUGAUGAAGUGUUUCCAGGCCAACGGAACCAAGGAUGAGGCGGUCACAGCGCAGGCGGCGCUGCCCGACCUGCAGGGCUUCCAGUUCCUGAGGAUGGAGUACUUCGGAGGUUCCCUGUGUGAGGUUUGGCAGAACGUGACCUCCGUGGGCAACAAGAAGAACACGUACACGCUGUGGGUGACCCGGUCGGAGGGGGGCGCAGACGGCAAGGAGGAGCCCCCCACGCCGCUCCACUAUGAGAUGAUGGGCUACAACACGCUGCUGGGGUCCCACUAUGACAAAUACCUGGUGGACUACAAAGAGUUCAGCACUCACGUGGAACCCAAAGUCUUCUCGCUGCCUGAAGGGAUGAGCUGCGGCGGGUUUCCUGGUCCCGGAGUGGAGCACCACAUGUUGGCCAAUCCGAUGAAAGACCUCAUCCACACCUCGGCCUCGGGCCACUCGCAGCGCGUGUUCAACCACUUCAAGGACAAGUUUCAGCGGCAGUACAGCGACGAACGCGAGCACGAGGAAAGGGGACACGCUUUUGUUCAUAACCUUCGGUACGUCCACUCCAAGAACAGAGCCGGGCUUCCCUUCUCUCUGGCUCUCAACUCUCUGUCGGAUCGAACCAUGUCGGAGCUGGCCACCAUGAGAGGGAGGAAACGAGGAAAGAGCCCAAACAGAGGGCUCCCGUUCCCCUCCACGAAUUACCGAGGGGUGAAGGUGCCGGAGUCGAUCGACUGGAGGCUUUAUGGUGCCGUGACCCCAGUGAAGGACCAGGCCAUCUGCGGCUCCUGCUGGAGCUUUGCCACCACUGGAGCAGUAGAGGGCGCUCUCUUCCUAAAGACGGGCUCGCUGCAGGUUCUGUCCCAGCAGAUGCUCGUGGACUGCUCCUGGGGUUUUGGCAACAACGGCUGCGACGGCGGGGAGGAGUGGCGAGGAUACGAGUGGAUCUUGAAGCACGGAGGCAUCGCCACCACAGAAACCUACGGCGCCUACAUGGGGAUGAACGGCUUCUGUCACGCGAACGCGUCGCAGCUCACCGCGCGGAUCCAGAGCUACACCAACGUGACCUCGGGGGACGCCGAGGCCCUGAAGCUGGCGCUCUUUAAGAACGGGCCGGCGGCCGUCAGCAUCGACGCGUCCCACCGCUCGUUCGUCUUCUACAGCCACGGCGUCUACUACGAACCGGCGUGCGGUAACACCACCGCCGAUUUGGAUCACGCCGUGCUGGCGGUGGGAUACGGCACCCUGAAGGGGGAGCCGUACUGGUUGGUGAAGAACUCGUGGUCGACCUACUGGGGAAAUGACGGCUACAUCCUGAUGUCGAUGAAGGACAACAACUGCGGCGUCACCACCGACGCCACGUACGUCACGAUGGCGUAGAUCUGCCGGCGACUAAACGCUAAAGCCGCCGCUUGAGUGCCUGAGGACGACGGACGCCUCGCGUCCGGUGCGUUGAGGCGUGGGAACGUCAAACUGUGCCGUUUGGUGUGACGAUUGAAUGCACGAGGAACGAGCUUUUUGCCACUUUUACUUUACAAUGUUGUGCAUUCAAAUGCACUGGAAUGGAAUCGAUGCAAUAAAAAAAGUUCUUGUUGAUUUGAA